AUGCAGCCGCUCAGAUUCUCCAGCAGUACUACUCUCGCUUUUCCCCAUCCUGAGAUUAUUAGCAAUCUAUGCGGCUUUCAAAAGGUCUUCUUGCCUGAGGUGGCUCGAUUGAUCCAAAAUCACUCGAAAUUGCAUAUGGUCUGGAGAUACUGCUCAGCCAUCCAGCUGGCACAAGAACUUGGAUCGGCAAAGGCGGAAGCAGCAGUCAUCUAUGACGUCCCCAAAGUCCUGUCAUGGUCUCGUGGCUGCGCUCCUAAGCUGGUGCAAGAUGAAAGCCUUGCCGGGUCUUUUAUCAGAUUUACAAUUGACCAUCGCGGUAUCAAGAGCAUAGAUCGAUUUUCUGAUGUUCCAGCCAGCACGGUUGGUGAGAUGCCGGCUUCCUCCUGCGUGUUUGCAGUAGAGCCGAUAGAAAAACUAUCAAAUGAUAAACUAGAAUUUGAGCUCGGAUUGUGUCGUCUCCAAGUCCCGAGGAAACGACAGAUCAUCAUUUGGAGUGACCCAAAUCCUCUUCAUCUCAUGCAUCUCUUGCCUUCUAAAGAUCUUGAUGAAUACCACCGCUUCGCAACCGUUAGCUUAAAUCCAGAGUAUUGCAGUGGAAUCUCUCUAUUUAUAGCUUCACACCUUGUGCAUGAAAUCCUUGCUCAUUCAAAACGACACUCAACCCAUUUAGAAAGAUUCGAUUAUCUUCGCUCCAUAUUUGACCAUGAAAUCGUCUGGAUUUACAUACCACUUACAGCCCAAGAUCAGAUCACUGCAAUUGAUAUCAGGAAAUACGUAACAGAAGAAGAGGCGCCACAUCAUUUCACAAUAUGGACAGAGACCGGAAAAUUUAUAUUUGGCUGUCCCCAAACGCUUGAAUACCAGAGAGCUGGACCGGGUACCUUUUCAUGGGGGCCUGCUGUAGGAACUUUGCACGAGAUGGGGGAUACACGACGACCCUUGACUCUCAUUCACCAUGUCCCUAGCUCUGGUUCGAUGGAAUUCAUCGGAACAGAUGCUGAUAAACAGACUGAGACUACCGAGCCGAAUAUUCAACGCCAAGAUUGGCCGCUUCAUCGUGCAUUCUUCUCAUUCGCAUCUCUUGAGGGCGUCUUAAACGUACAUGUUUUCAGCGACAAGCUCCGAAACUUAUGCAAAGGCAUCCUAUUCGAAUACGAGAACGGCUCGAAACGAACUGUGGGCCAAUGCCGCCUGGGUUGGGAUCGAGUUCAAAGUUGGCGGAAGCCUCUAAGCUUGUUUUACGAUUCUGCUUCUUACCAAAUCACCGAUCCCGCAGGCGUGCUGGAUCCGGUCAAGCAUAAAGGCGUCCGGGUUGCUUUUGACUCCGAAUCUGACCAUGUGUCUAAAGAUGAUACACUGGAGAAAAACUUCUACUCGAUGAGAGGCUGCAUAAACUUUUGGUUCCUCAAUAAUGAUGCUGAGAUAGAGAUUGUUGGUUUCUAG